CGGGAUAAAGCGCUGGAUCUCAGUGAAGCUCUCGGUUCCUGGGUUCCUCCUCCCUCAGAGCACAAUGGUCAGUGUGAGUGCUUCACACAUUCACCUCUAUCAAUAAACUACAGUCCAAAAAAAAAUCCCUCGUCCGGCUUUUUAAACGCACACAUGGCCGGGCUGAGGGCUGAGUGAGCGGGCUGGAGGGCGCUGGAAGAGCCGCGGUGUGGAGAACAGUGCGCCCUGAUGCUGCUGCUGCUGCUGCUGCUGCGGGGGGAAAAAAUCGCCAUUGUCCGAUAGAAAAGCGCUCAGCUCGAAGCUUCAUCAGAGAGAAACAUGAGGUCGACACUGCCUGUCCUUCACCUUCUUCUCCUCCUCCACCUCGUCCUGCUUUUCCUCCUCAGCAUCCAGAUCGUCGUAUCGUUCGAGGUGACGUUACAGGAGGACGAUGGCAUCGUGAUGACUCUGGAACCCUCGGAUCUGAGGGAGAAUAUCACCCGGUACGCUGCCAAGAUAUCUGGAGAGCCUCGUACCCACAUCCUGCCCUUCCAGAGCUCCAGCGAGGGCCAGCCGCCUCCUGCCGUCCUUCACUAUUACCCCACCUACCAUGGGCUCUGCUACACCAUCAGCCUUCUCCUAGCCAAUGGCUCCACCUGGUCCAAACCGCUCAGGACUGUGACUCUGCUCACGAAGCCUCUCCCACUGGAGAGCGUGCAGAUUUCAGACUACCAGCCUGCUCCCGAGACCGGCGUGGUGUUCGAGCUGCGUUCGCCCCAGAGGAACAGCUUCAGCCGCGUAAACAUCAGCUACUCCGAAGGAACCGAGCAGCGUUUCAUGCUCUACAAAGAUUUCCAGAAAGGCAAAACGGUUUUUAAGCACUGGCUGCCCGGGACGUGUUACAGCAACAUCACCUUCCAGCUCAUCUCAGAAGCCACGGUCAACAAAAGCACCCUGAUCCAAAAGAGUGCCGUGAUCCACGAGCCGCACCGCCACAGGACAGUCCCCCAUCCUCCACUCAACGUCUCUCUCAAGAUCGUCCACCUCGGCGGAAAAGCCCUGCCUGCCCCUAACUGGCAUGACACCCGUCUGCCCCGGAAGGCGCGCGACGUCCCCGUAACGGGGGAGGACCCCGAACUCACAAACAAACAGGAACUCGAGCAGAAGUUGCAGAUGGUUAGUCCUCUUGCUACCUCCGAGAGCCCGGACAUCAACGCCUCGCUGACGUCCACGCUCACACCGACGGAACGGAGCAUCCUCGUUAACACCAGCGACGCGGCCGAGCGCGACAACUCCACCGCCUCCUACUGGCCGACGGGACGCCCCUCCCCCACCGGAGGCGAGUACGAGUUCGUGAACGGAGCGCCCCCGGAGUAUGACGACUCAGAAAAAGACCUCGGCUCGGCCAUGGAGCUCAACCCGGAGCCCACUGACGGCUCAGAGAAACCGCCUUCGGUCCUCCUAGAGCUUCGCUGGUUACCUCCUCUGCCGCCGAGCACGACGGACGGCUUUAACGUCUACAUCUAUCGGGACGGUGACGUGACGGAAACGGUUAACGUGGACGAGAACACGCACGAGUUCUUGGGCGAGCUGUCGGAACCCGGGACGUACCGCGUCCUGGUGACGAGCGUCAGCUCUGCAGGGGAGUGUGAGCCCCGAGAGAGCGCACCACAUCCAGGAUUCACCUUCUACCUCAGUCCGACAGGCGAGUUCCUGGAGCAGCCCAGAGAGCGCCCCCAGGAGGUGAGUGUGAAAAUGCUUGGGAAGAGCACAGCCUCAGUAUCCUGGGCUCCAUCUGCGCAGAGCCACAACGGCAGCCUCGUCUCCGUGGUGUCUCUAACCUGCCUCAAGCCCAACCCCAUCCAGCGCAUGGAGAUCACCUACUGCUCCGAGGAAAACACCACCAGUGACAUCCUCACUAACCUCACCCCUGGCGCUCAGUACAGAGUGGUGGUCUAUCACACUAACGGACCCCUGAUCAGCCCCCCCUCCGAACCCGUCAUUAUCGAUAUCGAACCGACGGGAGUGCGGGACCUGGUGGUGUACCCUCUGAGCCCCACGGCGGUCAUCCUGAGCUGGCAGAGGCCGUACAACGUGGCUUUCCGCAAAUACGUCCUGCAGACCUUUUUCUUCAACUCGGCCACGCAGACCGCCCAGUGGACCACAUACUACGAGAUCGCCGCCACCGCCUCCGUCAUCGCCUCUGUGAGAGUGACUGAUCUGUUACCUGCAUGGUACUACAACUUCCGGGUGACCAUGGUGACCUGGGGCGAUCCUCCUCUCAGCUGCUGCGACGGAUCCACUGUGAGCUUCGUUACCGCUCCAGAGGCACCGCACAUCUCCUCGGCGGAUUACUCACACGGCGCGCUGUACGUGCGCUGGACCUACGGCGACCUCUUCACCGACCUCUCCCACUCCCGGAUGCUGCACUGGCAGGUGCUGGCUGAAGGAAAGAAAGGCUCGCGGAGACGCUUCUCCACUGACGUCACGCGUAAUGUGAUGAAGGCCGCGCUCGCACUCCCUCCCGGAGACAUCUACAACGUGACGGUGACGGCGUGUACGGAACGCAGCCGCAACACCUCCGUGCCACACAUCCUGAAGCUGGAUCCAGCGCCUCCCAAGUCCCUGUACGCUAUCAACGCGACCCACUCCUCCGUCACGUUGCUGUGGGCCGAGGAGGGCGUGGUCGACUUCUACCAGGUCGUCUGCAGACAACUCGGACCCGUCACAAAGCUCAAGACAUCUGAGCCCCAGACUGCACACUCCCACGUGAUGACCGUGAACAACCUGCAGGCCUCCAGCUCCUACAACUGCAGCGUGACCAGUUACAGCUACAGCACACCCAGUGAACCUGCGUACAUCACCAUCAGCACUCUGGCUCAGGAGAUGAACCCCAGUGUAGCUGCUAUCUCUGCGCUUGCGGUGCUCAGUGUGCUGCUCAUCAGUCUCCUCGUCCUUUUUCUACUGGUGCUGCGAAAGAAACACAUGCAGAUGACCAGGGAGUGUGGAGCAGAAACCUUCGUCAACUUCGCCUCCUUCGAGCGCGAUGGGAAACUCCCUUACAACUGGCGAAGGAGCCUCUUUGCCUUCCUUACUCUUCUGCCAUCCUGCCUUUGGACUGACUAUCUUUUGGCUUUUUAUAUUAAUCCAUGGAGUAAAACUGCUCUGAAGAAAAGGAAGCUAACAAGUCCAGUGCAGUUGGAUGAUUUUGAGGCCUACAUCAAGGACAUGAGCAAAGACUCUGCCUACAAGUUCUCCCUGCAGUUUGAAGAGCUGAAGAGCGUUGGCCUGGACCUCUCACACGAUGCCGCAGAUCUUCUCGUGAACAGACCCAAGAACCGCUACACCAACAUCUUACCCUACGACUUCAGCCGCGUGAAGCUCAUCUCCAUGCACAACGACGAAGGCGCCGACUACAUUAACGCCAACUACAUUCCAGGCUACAAGUCAGCGCGCGAGUACAUCGCCACCCAGGGGCCGCUGCCGGAGACGCGCAACGACUUCUGGAAGAUGGUGAUGCAGCAGAACUCGCGCGUGAUCGUCAUGCUGACUCAGUGCAACGAGCGCCGCAGGGUGAAGUGUGAUCAUUACUGGCCGUUUACAGACGAGCCGGUUUCCUACGGCGAGAUCACGGUGGAGAUGCUGUCUGAAAGCGAGUCUCCAGAAUGGACCAUCAGAAACUUCCGCCUGAGCUAUGCAGAUGAGGUGCAGGACGUGCUGCAUUUUAACUACACGUCUUGGCCCGAUCACGGAGUCCCCACGGUGAACGCCAUCGAGAGCAUCCUGCAGUUUGUGCAGUCUGUGCGCCAGCAGGUCAACAGAACCAAAGGACCCGUUACGGUCCACUGCAGUGCUGGCGUGGGUCGUACAGGCACCUUCAUUGCUCUGGAUCGGCUGAUGCAGCACCUCCGGGAGCACGAGUAUGCCGAUAUCCUGGGCAUGGUAUCGGAGAUGCGCUCACAUCGACUCUCCAUGGUGCAAACGGAGGAACAGUACGUGUUCAUCCAUCAGUGCGUCCUGCUCAUGUGGAAGAAGAAAAAACAGCAGAGUCUCACCAGCGACAUCAUCUACGAGAACGUCAGCAAGUCAUAAUGGCGGCUGGGACGCGCGUAUGCCACGCUCCGCCCACGGCCCCCCUGCACUCGUCUCCUUUGCUUCAGGCGUUUAUUCUCUGUGAACCGUAUGUAUGAAAUGUAUAAAGACUGCAGCAGAGGAGUCGUAGAAACCCACCCACAGCUCUUCGACAUCCGAGAGGACAAAACCAACACACGCGCAUCACACGCCUUAAAGAAUCCGCCGCGACGUCCAGGCUGCUUCUCCUUCCGCGGCUCCCGAGCUCAGGAUUGUCUCCGAGCACCAACCUCCAUCUGCUGUAGCAACCAGAGGAGGCCCACGUGCUCGUCAUGGACGUCUCUGAGGGGCUUCACAUACAUCCAUAGUGUUCAGUGACUCGGUUCCUGAAGCUGCAUUGUAAUCUUUUAUCGGUCACACUGCCACCCCCUGGAAGGGAUUUUCAGUACAAGUGUGUGUGUGUGUGUGUGUGUGUGUGUGUGUGUGUGUGUGUGUGUGUGUGUGUGAGCAUUCUUUACUGCUGUACUGCUCUCUAUAAGCUACUCCACGGUACGACUACUAGAAGGUGGAAAAUCAGACAUUUGACUAAAGAGGAGGUGGGAAAAAAAAAUGUACACGUCCACACCGACACGUCUGGAGUUCGGUUCUCCAGAACCAGAGUGUGAAACAUAUCCGGUCAUGUAGAGAUACGUAGGAUAUCACGUUUAUUUUUUAUUAACGUUUAUUUUUUACAUCUAAGCAGUUCAUCAUCAAAAAAAAAAAAUUUAAUAAAAGAUCUGGACGUCAUUUCAGCACCUGGGUUUGAACAGCGACAGGACAACAAGUUUGUGGACACUUGUAUUAUUUGAACAUCCUGAGGUGUUUAAUGUAGCGCUAUAGAAGGAGAUCUUUCACUCCAACCCAUAUGUGUUCAUGGAGCUGGUUUUGUGGAUCAUCAUGCUGGAACAGGAUCAGGUCUGGAAAAUUUCCUCCAGGUUUGUGGGAACGUUUCGGUGAAGAACCACGUAUGAAGUAUGGAAAAAAAAAUUUGGGUGUCCCGAUACUUUUGGGUCCAAGUGUUUCCUGUCGUUUCUUUUCUUCAUACCGAUCCGAAAUAAGAACAACGAGAAGGUUCUCGCGAUUAACGAUCGAUUAUUUUUCCACUGCGAAUCUGGAAACUCGUAAACGUGUCACGGUUUUUCUUUUUAAUUAUGAUCAUUAUUAUUUAAACGUAUUUUACGUCCAGCUGUUUGUCCUCGGUGCCAUUUUGUGCAACGUCUCACUUUAAAACCCGAGCCGAGAUCUUCCUCGCUCGCUCAUCAUCCUCUCGGUUGUAACCGUGUGUGUGUGAAAAGGAAAACAAAACAAUAAAAAAAAAAAGUCGAAUAAUCGUCCAGACGACUUUUGGUACAGUGGCAAU